AUGAUGAACACAGAGAUUUCAAUCUUAGUUGAUGCCGUGAAUGACUACUUCAGCGACGCAGAUGUCCAGUGGAACCUUAUUGGCACCAGCGCUAGCCCCGAGCUGGAGAAUCUUAAUCGCUUUGUCAAUGAAGUUUUGACUUCUAGUCGCGAAGACUCGAUAAGGGAACUCUUGUGCGAGGUCCUACAAGUUAGUCUUUUGAAUGCUCCUCAGAGUAUAAUGGACAGCUUCAAGGAGAGUUGUGAAGAUAGAAACCAGAACGUCGCCCUUGUUCUUGUUAUAUUCAUUGAACUCGGAUUGAUGCCGCCCCCGUCUAUCAUUCAAUCCGUAGCCAAGAUCAUCUUGUGCGAGCCCGGAAAUGAUGUGACAAACCACAUCCUGGAAGUGACGAGAGAAAGAGCCCCCGAAAACCGAUUUCUAUUUGCGAAAAAUCUCGCGGUGCUGUUGAGUCAAUUGGAGUGA